CCUCCCUCCCUUAAAAGGCGGCUAGCAUCCCAGGUUUUCGACGUUGUCAUUUAGAUUCUAGAUGUCACCCGAGUCAAACUGAGUGGAAUCCACGAGUGACACUCUCUGAGUUACGGUUUUUGGGGUUUUUUUCAGCUCGUUUCGUUGGUAAGAACUGCGAUGGUUGAGGUGAUGAGCUGCGGCGGGACAUCGGCGGAAUACGGGAAGCGGUGCCGGAAGAUGGUGCCGGUGAAAUCGGAGGUGGAGGACUGGGAUGAGCCGGGGCUCAAACAGGCUCAGAAGAGAUUGAAACUCGAUUCGUCUCAGGAGCUGAACCAGGAAACUGGGGCUCUUCAUAUCCCACCUUUACAAUACAACCUGCUUGAUGAGCCUAGCCCACUGGGUUUGCAGCUUAAGAAGAGUCCAUCAUUUUUGGAUUUGAUACAAAUGAGGCUCACUCAAGGAAAUGCUCCCAAGUUAGGAAGUGUAGGCAAGAAAGUUACCAAGGGAACUCCUGUUACAAGUGCCUCAGAAAAGCUCAAGGCUUCAAAUUUUGCUGCUUCAAUUCUCAGGAUUGGGAAGUGGGAGUAUGUGUCCAGAUAUGAAGGAGAUUUAGUGGCGAAGUGUUACUUUGCUAAGCAUAAGCUCGUGUGGGAAAUCCUUGAUGGUAGCCUGAAGAAUAAAAUAGAAAUCCAAUGGUCAGAUAUAAUAGCUCUCAAGGCAAACUGCCCCAGUGAGGGGCCUGGGACCUUGGAUGUAGUGUUAGCUAGGCAGCCUCUUUUCUUUAGGGAGACCCCUCCACAACCCAGGAAACAUACCUUAUGGCAGACUACUGCAGAUUUUACUGGUGGGCAGGCAAGCUUGUAUAGACAACACUAUCUGCAGUGUCCACAAGGCUUGUUAGGGAAGCAUUUUGAAAAGCUUAUUCAGUGUGAUCCUCGUCUCAACUUUCUGAGUAAACAGCCUGAGAUCGUUUUAGAUUUUCCAUAUUUUGGAGAUACAGAUUCUGUUUUGGAGGAUCCAGAUGAAUCCAAGAGCCAUGAUUUUGGUUUGAAGAGGGAAGAGGAUUCUUCAUUCAGUGGUUUGCAGGAUGCACCAUCAAGAGGUCGGUUGUCUUCUUCAAAGAUCGAUCCACAAGACCCUGUUGGUGGGACCACAGAAAUUUUUUUCCAGAACACCCUUUCUCCGAGCUCUGGUAAAAUUAUGGACACCCAUGUUAUUGAGGAAAAUGGAAGCAUUGGAACUGAAGGACCAAAGUGGCUUAACAAUUUGUGUCAGAUCAAAGUGCCUGGACUCCACUCAUCCAUGUCAAUGAGUGAUCUGGUGAGUCACAUUGGACAUUGCCUUUCAGAACAGACAUCAUCUUGCAAUCCUAUUUUUCCUAGUGAUGAGCCACUGAACCAGGACAUCUUGGAGCAGAUUACCCAGUACAUGUUCAAUGAUGCGCAACUUUCAUCAGCUUCUGAUGAGCAGUCCAUCAUGUCAAGGGUUAAUUCUCUUUGCUGCCUUUUGCAGAACGAGCCUGCAGCAGUUCAAAACUUUCAGGUUAAAAGUGAAAAUGGUACCGACAUGGCUGGUGAUGGAAGAAUUGGGCAACUGAAUCCCAUAGCUGCAUCAUGUGAAAGUAAGACUGCUGGCGAUUUUCCCACACCUAAUGACGAAACAAAUGAUGUCUCCAGCUGCAAGCAGCCACCUGCCAUGUCAAGAAAGGACUCAGUCGGGGAGCUUCUUGUUAAUCUUCCAAGGAUAGCUUCAUUGCCACAGUUCUUGUUCAACAUGUAGGAAAUAUCUGAGAAGCAAGUUAGUUGGUGACCGUUCGGUGAUCUUUUAUGUAAAAAGCUUGAAGCAGAAAAGUUUUUCUCCUUGUAGUUUGUGAAUAUCAUCUUUUCAGGUUGUUCAUUGAAAAUUGUGUCAUUUAUUUUGAUGAACAAUCCUGACCUCAUUUAGGAAUCCAGUGUCUAUUUUCAUAGUUCAGCUUCCAGCUCUACUCUGUUCUGUACAUUACCUUGUGUACAUAUCAGCUUUAUAGAACAUUCCCUCGAUUUCCCUUGGCUAA